AUGAUGAAUAAGGAAGAAGAACGUAUUAUGAGACUUUUCGAAAAAGCGUCGACGGGAAGCUCGAUACCAGAUCCAUUCAGUGUUAGUGAUGAUGGUCAGUAUGGAUCUGAUGGAGACUAUAAUCCUUGUAAUGAUGAAACUCAUUAUGAUGAGUAUCUAGAUGUGACACUUACUGAAGAUGUUCCACGUAGUCAUGAUGAUUCUAUUACUUCAUGUGAAUCUGUGCAAUCGGAAUCAAUACUCCAGACUAAUACUACCCAACCGGUCGAAGAGCAACAGGAGCCUGAUUGUAGCUCAAAUAUAACAAUGCAAGACCCAGAACCAGGACCAAACAAUAUAUCGGAGAGGCAUAACAGGCCCAUUACACCACCUGCUACUGUAAAUUGGGAACACACAACAUUAGAUAUCCCACAAUUCAAUUUUGAUUCUACAUCAACAGGCGUCCAGUUUCAUAUUGAUUAA